GCGAUAAAGGCCAAAGAGUUCGCUUUUCAUAAACGGUUUAAAAUUAAAGCAAAAUGCCGGAUACGUCAGAGGAGGCAGAUCCUUCCACAGUAUCGAUCCGUAUCUGCUCGGAGGGGCAUGCCAAUGCCCUGGCUUUAAACAAGGAUCAUAAUCAGAUUGCAGUUGCCGGGCGUAGCUUGCUUAAGGUCUAUGAGAUAGACAGCGAUGGCUUCACGGAGGUGUGCAAUAUGCGUGGUAAAAACCAAAAUCUGAGCUAUUCUUCUAAUGAUGUUGCCUGGAGUACACUAGAUAGCAAUAUAUUGGCCACGGCUGCCACAAAUGGCGUUGUGUCCGUUUGGGAUCUGUCCAAGUUUGGCCGACAAAAGCAGUUGCUGGUCUACCAUGAGCAUGAGCGAACUGCUCACACAGUCACAUUUCACAGUACGGAGCCAAAUAUACUGAUCUCCGGCUCACAGGAUGGCACCAUCAAGUGCUUUGACAUACGCUCCGAUACGUCCGUGAACACAUACUUUAGCAACUCGGAAUCUGUGCGCGAUCUUAAGUUCUCACCCCACUCGCCGAAUGUGUUUUCCGCCGUGUCGGAGAAUGGCACCGUUCAGCUCUGGGAUAUGCGUAAGUGGGACAAGUGCAUGGUACAGUUCACGGCACACAGCGGACCCAUCUAUACCUGCGAUUGGCAUCCCACACGCAAUUGGCUGGCCACUGGCAGCCGGGAUAAGCAGAUAAAGGUGUGGAACAUGGACGGACGAGCCAACUUAGAGUACACCAUUCAUACGAUAGCUGUUGUUGGUCGCGUCAAAUGGCGACCAGAGCGAACUUAUCACAUAGCUAGCUGUGCCCUGGUCGUGGACUAUAGCGUGCAUGUGUGGGAUAUACGUCGCCCCUUUAUACCCUUUGCCUCCUUCAAUGAGCAUACAAACGUCACCACGGACAUUGCGUGGCAGGGAAGCGAUUCACAUUGUUUGCUUUCAACUAGUAAGGAUUCCAGGAUGUAUAAGCAUGCAUUUAAGGAUGCCACGCGGCCGGCCCUGAAAGCCAAUGCGCAGGGUGCCAGCUUGGGCAGGCAUGGGGAUAUAUCCUUUGCCAACAAAAUUAAGGAAUAUACAGCAAAGACGAGUGGUGUAUCCAAUACUAAAAGCACCAACUUUAUAAGUCGCCGCAAAUCUAAUGUUCCUGGCAAUAUGCAAUUUCAUCUGGACCAUUCCAAGAUGUACAUGUUUAUGCUCAAGAAUACGAACACGGCCUCAGGCACUGAAUUUCCCGCGCACGACACUACCACGGAGCUGCGUGUGCAUGAGGUCUUUAUUGGCUGCGCUCGGGAAUUGCAGCUGAGCGGCAAGAAGCUGGCCGAGCUGUGCGAGCACAAUGCGGAUGUCUCCAGGAAAUACGGAAAACAUAAUGCCACCACCCUGUGGAACUUCAUCAAGCUUUUCUACGGCACCACCCACUUUGAGCCGCCCUUCGAGCAUCGCUCCUCGUUCUCCAACCAAAAAAAUCCUAUGAGCUCGCGUCGUGCCACACAAGUAGCCAGCGAUUGGAGCCAGCCACACGAGCAGGGUCAGGAACUGAAUGGGAAUAGUCAAGAGACUCAGCAUGAAGCUGCCGAGACUACUGAGGAUGGCGAUGAGCUAGGCGGCGGUGGAAAUCAACAUCCGCCGCCAACUAGUUCGGUGAUACUCUCAGAGACGCAAAUCAUUAGCGAGAUUACGUUUGAUAACUUUGAGCUAUUGCGCAAUGGGUUCAUUUAUGUUGGACCCGCGGACGUAACAAAAGCGGUGGCAUUUCCGGAUACGGCGCUGCAUCAUGAUGUGCAAGCGGCCCGACCACAGAUAGAUUUGAAGGCAACGGAACAUGAAAAGUCGCCACCACCGCAUGUGCCCAGUAUAUUGAAGGUCAGUCAUGUGCCGCCCAUACCCAUGUGGGAGCCACAUCAAUUUGUGGCAGAUGCGCUAAUGCUGCAGAAUGAUGUGGGCGAUGUGCAAACCGCUUUGACCAUACUCAUUGUUAUGGGCGAAGCGCGACAGCUGCUGCCUAUCGAGGAUGCCGUGGUGGAACACUGGUUUCACACCUAUGUGGAUCAGCUGCAUCGCUAUGAGCUGUGGAACGAGGCCUGUGAGGUGAUCAAUCGUGCCUGGGUGCGCUCUGUGCGCCAAUUAAAUCAACACUCGACAGUUAUGCACACCAAUUGCGGUGAAUGUGGUCGACCUUUGGGCGGAAAUGUGGGCUGGUACUGUGACAAAUGCAAGUCCAUGCAGUCAGCCAAGUGCUGUGUCUGUGGUCUGAUUGUGCGUGGCGUCUAUGCCUGGUGUCAGGGCUGCUCCCAUGGCGGCCAUAUCGAGCAUUUGCAGCAAUACUUUUCCAAGCACUCGAAAUGUCCGAAAUGUGGUCAUUUAUGUGCUUUCUCCUGACACCCAGAGGAGCCCUACGCUUAUUCCUAAGCUGAUAGCGAGCGACUAGCUGCGAGUCCAAAUGUGAUGCCAAAAUUAAAGAAAAAUUUGUUUUGAGAAUAUUAAAAUUACAAGAA